AUGUUCGUCUCAGCUCUCCUUCCGCUCAUCGCAGCUACCGCCGUCGUCGCCUCACCCGUCACCGAGGUCAAGCGCAACAAUGGCGGAGCAGCUGUCUGCAGGAGCUUCUACGCCGACAUCACUGCCUCGGCGAUGAACUACGACUAUAACGCUGUCACCGGUGGAGCGCCCGCCAACCAACAGGUCCUCGUCGAGUCAUCCAUCUCGCAGUUCCGUGCCGGAUCCAACGUUGCGGCCAUGCUCGCUGCUGCACCCAUGCGCAACGUCUCUGGGACCUACAGCAUGUGGUUCGAGUACUGCGCUCCCACCAACGGCGCUCCUCGCGGUAUCUUCCAAGCUCACCACGGUCUCGUUGGUAACGCUGGCUACUGGAACGUCAGGCUGGACAACGGCCGCAACUCCUUCGCUGAGUCUGCCGCAGCCGCUGGAUGGGCCACUCUGGCCUACGAUCGUCUCGGCGUCGGCCGCUCUGCCCACCCUGACGGACUCCAGACCGUCCAGAUCAACUACGAGAUCGCUCAGUCUGCUGUCAUCAGCCGGAUGCUCCGUGCUGGCCAGCUCAGCGACCUCGGAGCUUUCAACAAGAUCGUCGGUGUUGGUCACUCGUACGGUUCCAUCAUGAUGGCAGGUAUCGCCUCGGUCGCACCUACCGUCUUUGACGCUCUCGUCCUCACUGGCUUCACCUCCAAUGUCACCAUGGGUCCCCUCGGACUCGCUGGCUUCAUGAGCACCAUCGCCAGCGUCGCCUACCCCGCGCGUUUCGCCUCGCUCCCCAACAGCUACGUCAUCACCCCGACCGUCAGCAACGACCAGCUUGGCUUCUUCCACUACCCCAACUAUACCCAGGCUGCGCUGGACCAGUUCACCACCACCAAGGGCGAAUACACUCUCGGCCAGCAAAACUCCAUCGGCGGACCUUACGCCCUCAACAGAACCAGCUACACCCGACCCACCUUCAUCAUCACCGGUGAUUACGAUGCGCCGUUCUGCGCCGCCAACUGCUCCGUCACCUCCCUCGGCGCCGGCCAGACCCAGCUCGACACUGCCCGCGCAUCCUUCCCUUCGGUCCCGAGUGCCAACUUCAGCACUUAUGUCGUCAAGGACACUGCUCACGGUAUCAACUUCCACACCACUGCCUACACUGCGUACCAGCAGAUCAUUGGGUUCGUGCAGAAGGUCGGACUCAACUAG